AAAAAAAUAGAUUUAAGGCUGAUCUUUAGAAAAAGGGAAUAUAGCUUUUUUUCCGGAUUUAAAAACAUGAAUUCUAUGAUAAAUGAAGGAAAAUUAUCAGAAUGGUCAGUUAAGGAAGAAUUUGAUAGAGAAAAAGUCGAAGAAAUCUACAUUUAUCUUGAGAAAAUGCGUUUUAAUGAAAAGAUUUUGUUAUAUUUGGAAGAAAGUUGCUAUUUGGAAAGAUAUUUAUGGAAAUAUAUGAAUGAUGAAUCAACAGACAAUCAUAUUUAUUCAAUAUGUAUUCUUUCUGUUUAUAAAAAGUCAUCAGGAAAACCAUGGGAUUUUAUAUCGGAUAAACCAAGUUUUUUCUCUUUUUUUUUCAAACGUGUAUUGGAACAUGCUUUUUUAGAUUCAAAAAAAGCGAUAUUGCGUACCUAUUUAUUAUCAUUUAUUAUAAUAUCGUUUCAACUUUUUGAUAAUGAUGUUAUACGAAAAGAAUGUACAUCUUUGAUAUCUAUUGAUAUUUGGGCAAAUUUAUCAUCGAAGGAGACAAUAAAAUCAAGGAUUUCUAUGCAUCCUCAUCUUCAAAAACAAUGGAAAGCAAGUGUCAAGAAAUUUAAUAGUUCAUAUAAUGAAACUCUCUUAAAAAAAAAGUUUUAUAGGGAUUGGUUAUUUAAUAUUAUUAUUGAUUUUAUAAAUCUUUUAUAUAAUGUAAAAAAUAAUGAACAUCUUAUCUAUUGUGAAAAGGUUUUGGAGCUUUUAAUUGAUUUAUUGAGCCAGCCUCUUAGUAGAAGAUAUCUUAAUUUUCUUCUUAAAGAUUUUCACUUUACAGCGCUAGUAAAAAAAUCGCCUAUGUACAUGAUCUCUGAAAAUUAUGUUUUUAAAAGUCUUUUUUCAAUUUUGGAUGAAUAUAUUUACAUUGGAUAUGAUGAUCAUAACAGCGUAGAACUUUCUUCAGAAAAAAUAACAGAAAUUCAUUACAAUAAAAUAGCCAAAUUACAAAGGAUAGCUAUGAAAGAAUAUAAAGAAAAAUUGAUUAUUUUGGCUACAUCAAAUUAUGCUACAAUAGACACUGGAGAUACUCUUAUUGAACAUCUUGAAGGUUUAGAUGACAAUGAAUUUUAUGAGUUAUUUCAACAUAUUGGUUUGCGUUCGCAAUAUCCUAAAGAACUCCUUGUUCCAAUUGACCGUGAAUUUCUGACAUUAGCGCUUAUUGAAUAUUAUAAAAGACGUAAAUCCUUACAAGAAAUUUUUGAAGAUUUUCUAGUUAUUCCUGACGAGAAAUCACUCUUUUCUUUAAAAUUUCAUUUUUAUAAAAAAUAUAAUGGAAUUAGGUCUUUACCUUUAUUAAAAUUUAAUUUGCAAUAUCUUAGUAUAAAUGAUUUUAUAUAUCGUUCUUUGCAAUUUUACAGAGAUAAAGUUUAUGACGAAAUACAUAAAGAUAUUGAACAAGUUAUAAGUAGAUUGAAACCUAAAGUUCAAUAUCCAAGUUUUACUAUUCGAUUCCAGGGAAAUUCUAAUAUGGCAUUAAUUAUUAAACAUCUUGCUAUAUUAGAAGUUUCUCCUCCAAAAGUCGGGGAAGAGAAACCAGGGUUUGUAAGGGCUGAGGUUAAAUUAGAACUAGAUAAUAUUACAGAAGAAUUACGUCGCCAAUGGGAAUCUCUUCAUCCGGGAGAUAUUGUUUAUUUACUUUCAAUAAAACCAAUAGAUGAUCUGAAAGAAACACCUGAAAUGAAUGUAAGUUUUUCACUAAAGUCAGGAUUGAGAUAUCUCCGUAUUGCUCAGGUUGACCAAAUUUUAAAUUAUGAUGGUCGUCCUUUAAAAGUGGUUGAACAAUUAGCACAAGAAGAUGAAUUUGAAAUGGUUAAAACGGGUAGAAAGCGUAUUCUACGGCUUUUCUUAGAUACUCAUAAUUAUAAAAUUGAUAAUGAUGGAGUUCUAUAUCAUAAUAAAGAUGAUGUCUAUGCUAGUAUUAAUGUUAUAGUUAGAAGGUCUCCAAAGGAAACUAAUUUCAAACUUAUAUUGGAAUCUUUAAAAAGUCUCACUCGAACAUCUAUUUCAUUACCAUCAUGGUUUGAAGAUAUUUUUCUUGGAUUUGGUGAUCCUUCUAGUGCCUUGUAUUAUAAUCUAAAUGCUCCUCUUAAUCUUUUUUUUCCGGAUACAUUUUUCGAUUGGAAUCAUCUUCUUGAAUGUUUUCCAAAUAAGAAUAUAAAACUUAUUCCAUCAGAGAAGUAUAACUCAGCACCAAAUCCUCCAUACAGAAUAUAUUCUGGAAGUAUUCCCUCUUUAGAGAAUUCUUGUGAAUUAAACAAUGGUUUGGAAAAUAAAAGUGAUAAUGUAUUAUAUGUAGAAACUUAUAAUUUUUUAAAUCCUGGACCAUAUUUACAAAAUAAAAAAAAGAAUAAUAAAAUAAGAUUUACGCCAAAACAAGUUGAAGCUAUAUAUUCUGGAACCAAUCCUGGUUUAACUCUUAUAAACGGCGCUCCUGGAACUGGUAAAGCAGAUAUUAUUGCUCAAAUUAUUUGCAAUAUAUAUUACAAUUUUCCAGAUCAAAGAACACUAUUAAUUGCACAUAAUAGUCAAGCUUUAAUUAAAGUUUUUGAAAAAUUAUCAUUAUUAGAUAUUCCGCAAAGACAUUUACUUCGUCUUGGUCAUGAAGAUGAAUUAGAAGAUGAAUUUAUUUCCCGAAGACCGGGAAGAAUUAACUUAUUUUUAGAAAGAAGAGCUUCAUUAUUAUUAGAAGUCGAUCGUCUUGCUUUAACAUUGCAGAUACCUGGUGCUCAUGGGAAUUCUUGUGAAACAGCUGGAUAUUUCUUUGACUUUUAUGUAAAGCCAUUAUGGACAAAUUUUAUUUCAAAUUCUAAAAAUGAAUCUUCGGUUAAAGAAAUAAUUUCAUCAUUUCCUUUUCAUCAAUAUUUUUCUACUGCUCCUCAACCAUUGUUUCCAGAAGAUUUAAAUAAACACGAAACACUUGAUAUAGCAAAGGGUUGCUAUAAUCAUAUUAAAGAGUUGUUUUCAGAACUAUCUGAUAUCCGUCCUUUUGAGUUUCUUCAUUCAAAUGAGGCUAGAUCUAAUUACUUAUUAAAUAAGGCUAAAAUUAUAGCUAUGACUUCAAGCUAUCUGUUAACUAAGCGUGAAAAGAUAUUUGAUUUAAAAUUUAAAUAUAACACUAUUAUUUAUAAAAAUUCUAAUCAACUUCUUGAAAUAGAGACUUUUGUUCCAAUGACUUUAAUGACUAAUUUUGAAUCUUUGCAAAGAAUAGUUCUUUUAGGAGAUUAUAAACAGAUGGGUCCUAUAUUAAAAAAUAAGGCAUUUAGAUACUUUUGCAAUGCAAAACAAAGCUUUUAUGAUCGUUUAAUACGCCUUGGUGUUCCAAUAAUUCAUCUUGAUGCUCAAGGUCGUGCGAAAAAUACUAUAGCAGAGCUUUUUUCAUGGGCUUAUGGUGGAUUAGCUAAUUUACCAAAUAUAGAAAAACAAAGUGAAUUCUUAUAUUCUAAUUCAGGAUUUCUUUUUGAUUAUCAGUUUAUUAAUGUAGGAGAUUAUAAAGGGCAAGGCGAAACUGAGCCUACUCCUUAUUUUUAUCAGAAUCUUGGUGAAGCAGAAUAUGCUGUUGCAAUAUAUCAAUAUAUGAGACUUUUAGGCUACCCAUCUGAAAAAAUUACGAUUCUUGCUAGCUAUACUGGCCAAAAGGCUCUUAUAAAUGAUGUAAUAAAUAGAAGAUGUGCAAAUAACCCGCUUUUUGGUUUACCUAAUAAAAUAACUACAAUUGAUCAAUACCAAGAAUCUUAUAACGAUUAUAUUAUACUUUCUUUAACAAGAACAAAAAGCCUAGGAUAUCUUAAAGAAUUGGAGCGUUUAAUUGUUGCAGUUUCUAGAGCAAGAUUAGGUUUAUAUAUUUUAGGACGUCGUUCGAUUUUUGAAUCUUGUUUUGAGCUCAAACCUAUUAUCAGUAGAGUUCUUAAAAAUCCAGAUAAAUUACAUUUAGUUUCUCAAGAAAUGUGGCCUUCGAAUAGAAAAAUAGGUGAUAAGGUUGAAAAUACAUUUGUGAUGGAAGGUGUAGAGCAUCUUGGUAUCUACGUUUAUAAGAUGUCGGAAAAAGCAUUGGAAAAACUAAAAGAAAAUAAAGAUAUUUUGUGA